AUGCCGUCCGCACCAGCGCCCGGGCCUCUGGCUCUGCUGGACACCACAGCCUCUCUGGUCCUCUGCACAGAAGGGUUUGCCAGAAGGAAGAGGACCUCCCUGUGGUUUGUGGGCUCUCUGCUCCUGGUGUCUGCCCUCAUACUGACCAUCGGUCUUGCUGCCACCACCAGGACGGAGAACGUGACCGUGGGAGGCUACUACCCAGGCAUCAUCCUGGGCUUUGGCUCUUUCCUGGGAAUCCUUGGCAUCAACCUGGUGGAGAACAGAAGACAGAUGCUGGUGGCCGCCAUUGUGUUCAUCAGCUUUGGUGUGGUCGCAGCCUUCUGCUGUGCUGUCGUCGACGGCGUGUUUGCUGCACAGCACAUUGAACCACGGCCCCUCAGUGCAGGAAGAUGCCAGUUCUACUCUAGUGGGGCAGGGUACCUGUAUGACGUCUACCAGACAGAGGUCACCUGCUACUCUUUCAAUGGCAAGUGCCAACUGAAGGUGAGGAGCAACACCUGCUACUGCUGCGACCUCUACACCUGCGAGAGCGCAGAGCCCUCGCCCACCUACUACGAGUUUGUGGGAGUGCGUAGUUGCCAGGACGUGGUCCACCUCUACCGGCUGCUCUGGGUCUCGAUGGUGCUCAACGUCUUGGGCCUGUGUGUGGGCAUCAUCACAGCCGCAGUCCUGGGGGCCUUCAAGGACAUGGUCCCUCUCUCCCAGACGGCCUACGGUCCACCUCCUCCACCUCAGAUCCUCUACAACCCUGCCCAGCAGAUCUUGGCCUACACAGGCUUCUGUCCAUCGCCCCCCACGGUGCCAACCUGCUCGUCCUACCCACUGCCCCUUCAGCCCUCCGGCAUCCUUUUGGCCUCAGCCUCCACUGACCUCCAUCUACCCGAGGACACGCAGCCUCCCUCUCAGGGCUCCCACCACGGGCCUCCAGCCAACGCUCCAACACCCUGCGGGCCAGCCUACUUCCUCCCUGGGGAGAAGCCACCCCCCUACGCACCCUGA